AUGGCAGACUUACCCGUCUUAGAAAGCAAAGUGGCUUUUGAUGCGCCCAAUGCGGGAAAGCCAUCCACCACCUGGUACAAGGUCGUCGGCGACCUAGACAAAUCGUCAACCCCGGCCUUAAUUGUACUUCAUGGAGGACCCGGUGCGGGACAUGAGUACUUGGCUCCUUUUACGGAUCUAUACAAGCAAUACGGCAUUCCCAUCGUAUUCUAUGACCAGAUCGGGUGCGGGAGGUCCACUCACUUCCAAGAGAAGAUAAGGGAUGAUUCAUUCUGGACAGUCGACCUUUUUAUUGCCGAGCUUAACAAUCUUGUUGACCACUUAGGAUUGCGCGAGAAAGGCUUCUUCGUCGCUGGUCAGAGCUGGGGCGGCAUGCUGGCAGGAUCCUUCCCGCUUUUUAUGGAAUACGGGAAAACGCUGCGCGCCGCAUUGCCAGCCGAUAUCCGUGAGAUACUAGAAGCCGGCGAUCGAGAUGGGAGCUACGAAACCUCAGAAUAUGAAAGGGCUAGCGCCUUCUUUUAUUCGCGGCACGUCUGUUCGCUUGAUCCCCUCCCAGAACCUGUAAAGCAGGCCUUCGUAAACUUGAAGAAUGACCCAACAGCCUACCAUACUAUGCAAGGACCUUCUGAGAUAGUCAUUGAUGGCAACCUCAAGGACUGGGAGGGUUGGAAGGAUGCCCAUAAUAUUCAGGUCGACACAUUGCUUUUGAACGGGAGGUAUGACGAGGUGGGGGAGCCAUGUGUAGAACCCUGGGUGAGUAUAAUUACCUAUUUUCGCGUUGCCUCAUUCUGCUAG